AUGAUACCCGAGAUUCUAAAUAGCAAGAAGCGGGUGAAGAAACUAACAUGGCGAAUAGCCGCUUUAUCCAGGUUCAUCUCACGAUCCUCAAACAGAUGCCACAAAUUCUUCAGUGUGCUGAAGAAAGAUCGACGGCUGCAACGGAACGAGGAAUGCAUCGAAGCAUUAAGGAAAUUGAAGGUAUAUCUAUCCUCGCCACCAUUGCUCGUCAAAGCAGAUCCAGGCGAGUGCUUACUCGUGUACCUGGCGUUGUCUGAAGUCGCUGUCAUCGCCGUCUUAGUCCGCGAAAACAAAGGCAUGAAACUAGCUAUCAAAUACAGAGCCCGUCGGCUCAUCCUCCAUUGCGACUCUCAACUCGUAGUAAACCAAGUCGCUAGAACCUACCAAAUCAAAGAGCAAAGGCUACAAAAAUAUCAGUCAGAAAUCCAUAAGCUGAUGCCCGAGUUCGACGAAUGUCGCUUCGAGCAAAUUCCCAGGGGACAAAACAUCGAAGCAGAUAGCCUAGCCAAGCUGGCCGCAGCCACCAAAAAUAUCAACAAAGAAAAUGUGGUCACUCUCCUCCAUUCAGCCGUCGACCACAUCGAGGUAUUCUCUUUAAAAUUGAAUUGGGACUGGCGUAACCAGUUUGUAUCCUACCUGCAGGACGGGACACUCCCACGCGACAAAAAGGCAGCCAAGAAACUCCGGAUGCAAGCGGCCCGGUACAGCCUGAUAAAUCACGAUCUCUACAAGAAAAUGUUUGGUGGUCCCCUUGCUAAAUGUCUCGGGCCACAUCAGACGAGGCAAGUAUUAGAAGAAGUGCAUGAAGGCCAUUGUGGCGCCCAUACAGGGAACCGCACCCUUGUCCGGUGCCUUAUCCGCACCGGCUACUACUGGCCCACCAUGAAGAAAGAGGCAGCGUAUUAUGUCCGAAGAUGUGAACAAUGCCAAAAGUACGCCCCCAUGAUACACCAGGCAGGGGAACUCCUCCAUUCGGUCACCUCGCCAUGGCCAUUCAUAAAAUGGGGGAUGGACAUAAUCGGCCCCCUACCGGCAGGACGAGGAAAGGUGCGUAUGCACAGGAAAAUAACCGAAUUCUUCGAGAAAUGGCUCAUCAAGCGGAUACUCUCCACCCCAUAUCAUCCCGCCGCUAACGGCCAAGCCGAGUCUUCCAACAAAACAAUAUUGAACAUACUGAAAAAGAAGCUUGAAGAAGCCAAAGGGCUAUGGCCCGAAUUGCUACCCGAAGUAUUAUGGGCAUACCGGACUACACCCAAGUCCAGCACGAGAGAAACGCCAUACUCACUGGUCUACGAAACUGAUGCCGUCAUACCCGUCGAGAUCGGAGAACCAAGCUUGAGAUACUCCCAUACUAGUGGAGCGGACAACGACGAAAGCAAGUUACAAGACCUAGAAGAAGCCGAAGAACGAAGAGACAUGGCCCAUAUAAGAAUGACGGCCCAAAAAUAG